AAACGUGCCGUUCCCCUCCCCUUGAAAACCUCUGGCAGCAUGUGGGCGGGAGGGGGAGGAGACCUGAGAGCGCCAUUUAAAGGGGGAGGGUGAACUUCUAAAGUCUUGCCUCUAUCCUUCCUGGAUCUGCGUCUUACACAACAGAUUAAUCGCCUCGCAGAAAGUUAAACCGUUGAUGAUUAAAGUCUGCGUUUUGCGCCCCCCGUCUAAACGCGGGCAGGCGGAGUGAGCGACGUUGUCGCUGUUGCCUUCGGCUCAACGCCGGUGCCACUUCGCUCGCAGUUCCAGCGCACAGGCAGAUCGGAAACCUCCUGCACGGAACGGGAUUGCUCCUUAAAUUCCCGACGAGACUGCGAGAGCCCGGGUGGGGGGCAGCGGUAACGCCUGGGUGGUCCGUGAUAUAACACCGGCUGACUGAUCGAUGUCGGUGGCGCUGCCCAAGGCAAUUUGCAGCCUUUAAGGUCGCCGCCUCAGAAACUAAAGUGCCCCCCCCCAAGAAAUUGCACACAUCAGUAAUCAGCGAUUGCUGGCUGCCUCUUUAUUACCUAUAGUGUUUCACUACGUCGCCCCUCCUUAAAAAUGUAUUAAAAGUAAAAACAAACUUAGACAUUUGCCGAGGACUCUACUCUUUCCCAGACAGUUGAAGAUUACUAAAGCCAGAAGUUAGUCGCUCGGUAUCCCGGGGGAGUUAACUGCCUCAGCCCCUUUGUGGGAAGAUUAGACGUUGUGAUAAAGUUAUCCAUUCCCAAUAAAAAUUCUCUACCGCUCCACUCGAUUAGAUAAUCACGGGUCCCUUUAAAGCACCCUCAUUUAAAUCUAAUCGGUUUAUUAUUAUUAUUUUAUAGCAAUAAUUCUUUGCAAACUGCAAUAGGGAAAACUCCUACCGAAAGUUGUAUCAUUGCUAUCGCAAGCGGGACCCUGCAGUCGGAACGUAUUUUGUACACAGCAACUGGGAUUGAUAAGUUAAACAUCAGAACAUUGCAUAUGUCAAUGGAUUAAAAAAAACUCUGUAGUCUCCCUCCUCCCGUGUGUAAUAUUGGAGAAAGUGCUGUAAUUUGCUCAGAUUCUUUACAUGGCCCGCCCACUGAUAAUUGUUCACUUUGCUGGAUAAUAAUCUGAUCAAAAUCAAGUGCAUUCUCUGCGAGAAAAUUAAAGUGAAGUUCAACAAAGAUAAAAGCCAGGAAGAGUUCCCUUUAAACAGAUGGCCCGGGAGCUGGGCGCCCGAGCCCCUGUGCUGGUCACUGUGUAGUUUCCUUGCAUUUCUAUCAAGUGGCCAGUUGAAGCGGGAAUCCAGCCCGGAUAUUUAGUAGAGCCGAAGGAAAAUAAAGAGAAAAUAUCGCUUCAAUAUCCCCCAAGAUGGCCGCCAAUGUGGGAUCGAUGUUUCAAUAUUGGAAGAAAUUGGAUCUGCGGCGGCUGCAGAAGGAGCUGAACGCAGUUGCCUCAGAACUAGCAGCUCGACAGGAAGAGAGUGAACAAUCUCACAAGCGUCUAAUAGAACUGAGCCGAGAAUUCAAAAGAAAUGUGCCAGAGGAGAUUAGAGAAAUGGUCGCACCUCUCUUAAAGACCUUCCAGGCUGAGGUGGUAGCACUUGGCAAAAGAAGCAAGGAGGCCGAGACUGCCUUUCUCAAUGUUUACAAGCAAUUAAUAGAAGCACCAGAUCCUGCCCCUUCUCUUGAAAUAGCUCGAAAUCUGGAGGAGAAGCUGCUCCAACUCCAACACAAUGAACCGGAGACUGUCAUAGAGAAGGAGACCUUCAAGUGCUGUAAGAAACAAUCUGAGCUGCUCAGCUGUGAAGCCACCGAACAAUCAGCAGAAACCUCUCCAGUUAGGAUCAGGGUGUCUGAAGAAUUACAAAAGACCAUCAUAGACAUCACACCACUUAAAAGCGAUAACCUGUCACAGAAAAAUGAGGCAGAAAAAGAAAGCAGACUGCAGGAGGCACAGAUCACCUUGGCUGCCAGGCUUGGGGAAGCAGAAGAAAAAAUAAUGGUCCUUCACUCAGCUUUGAAGACAACACAAACAGAGCUCCUGGACCUGAAGUGUAAAUAUGAUGAAGAGGCGGCAGUGAAGGCAGAUGAAGUUGGGAUGAUCAUGACCAACUUAGAGAAAGCUAAUCAGAGGGCUGAAGCUGCUCAGAGGGAAGUGGAGAGUCUUCGGGAACAGUCUGUGAAUUGCUCCAUUCAUUUGGCCUGUCGUUCUCCACGGAUUGGUACAGUGGAUCAAGCAAAUGUUCUGAUGUGCCCAGGUUCGAGACUGGAAACAGCAUUGGUUGCUAAAGACCGAGAGAUUAUCCGACUGCUGAAAGAGAUUCAACACCUCCAGACUGCAUUCCAUGACCUCCAGGAGAGCUCAGCCAAUCAGAUUGCAGAGCUGGAGCAGCAGCUAGCUCUGAAAACCGAAGCUGUGGAGAAGCUAGAAAAGAAGUUGUGUGCGCAAUCGGAACAUGAAGAACAUAAAACCGAAUCAAGUGUUUUCAAAUCUGUGAACCCACUGUCUGCUGAUGGCUGGACAUCCCAGGAUAGGAGAAAAGAUAACAAGAACUAUCUGCCAGAAAAAGAGAUGACCCUUGCACCCGAGAAGAGAUGUUUACAAGAGAAACCAAAUGCAUAUGCAGAGAUGGAUGAGGUGCAGCCUGAAGAAGAUGCUAUGAGAGACCCUCUGAGCAGAGUGAAGGAUUCCUCAAGUGCUGAGCAUUCUUCGCCGUCUCCUCAGCCCGUUCCACUUUGGUCCAGAGAUGAGCAACCCUCUCCAAAGGCCGUACCAGCACACGUGUCAAACCAAGGACCGGAGACAUCAGGAGCAUUUCCCCUCUCUCCAAUCCCCUUAGUUAAAACAAAUGAGAAGCCCUGUGCAGAGCCACUGCACCAUAGGCCCUUAAUGUCUCCUUUGUACUCAAAAGAGGCUGUAAAUACGGUUGUUUAUCCAACUGCGCUCUAUUCUGCUAAGGGAGCUCUAAUUGCAGGGAACAGUUCCAGUAACAGUGAAACUGUUCCUCCCAGUGACCAGUCAGAAGGCAGCAGUUCGAGUGCUGCCGAUGAGGAAUAUCUGGAGACAGCUGACAUUGCAUUUCAGGUUAAAGACCAGCUGCUAAAGCACAACAUUGGACAGCGAGUGUUUGGACACUACGUCCUGGGAUUAUCGCAAGGAUCUGUUAGUGAGAUUCUUGCCAGACCCAAACCUUGGCAUAAGCUUACUGUUAAAGGGAAGGAGCCAUUUAUUAAGAUGAAGCAGUUUUUAUCUGACGAGCAAAAUAUCCUCGCCCUUCGAACUAUUCAAGUGCGACAAAGAGGGAGUAUAACUCCCAGGAUUCGGACGCCAGAGACUGGAUCAGAUGAUGCCAUUAAAAAUAUCCUGGAGCAGGCAAAGAAAGAGCUUCAGACUCAAAAAUCUGUCGAAUGUAAGAGCUCGCCCUUGCCUGUGUGCAGCACAAGUUCCAGCAAUAUUGCUGGUUCAGAUGAGGCAAUUCGGUCCAUUCUGGAGCAGGCCCGGCGAGAGAUGCAGGCCCAGCAGCAAGUUCUGUUGGAGAUGGAGACCAGUGGCAGCAACAGCAAUGCCAUGACAACCCCACACGUUGAAACUUUACCAGCCACAAGCAAAGUCCCUCUUUCCUCUUCCAUUAAACAAGAGGAAGGCAUUGCAACCAAAAGUUCACAGACUCCUCUCAGUGUGGUCUCGCCUGCGGCCUUUGUGCAGAGCAUAAUACGAAAGGUGAAGUCGGAGAUCGGUGACGCCGGAUCGUACUUUGACCAGCACUGGGCCAACGACAGGAACGUGGCUCAUCGGUUGUACGCUUCGGUGUCGCCCUCGCCAUCAUCCUCUUCCUGUGGCUCGUCUGGGGCGGGAACCGUUCGACAGUGGCGAGCGGAGCCCAGUGAGAGCAGCAAAAAUGGGAGCGGUGAGGAGCACUCAGCCGGGUUUGAAAGUACAAAUAAACUCGUGGGCGUAAAAUCUGAGGGCAGCCCGGACUCUCAAGGUAUGGGACAACUUUCUGUCUUCCCUGCUUACGUCCCCCGGUCGCUGAAACCAACAGUACCUCCGCUGACUCCAGAACAGUACGAAAUGUACAUGUAUCGGGAGGUGGACACUCUGGAAUUGACCAGACAAGUUAAAGAGAAGCUGGCCAAAAAUGGGAUCUGCCAGAGGAUCUUUGGUGAAAAGGUGCUGGGCCUGUCCCAGGGCAGUGUGAGUGAUAUGCUGUCUAGGCCCAAGCCGUGGAGUAAGCUGACACAGAAAGGCCGCGAGCCUUUCAUCCGCAUGCAGCUGUGGCUUAUCGAUAAAUUAGGCCAGAACGCGACGCACUCCGUACAACCUGUACAAGCAAAUAACGCCAUUCAGGCCAGAUAUUCACCAUCGCCUCCGUCUAGUCCUGCUGUCUGUGAGAAGGGCCAACAGGAACCAGUCACUACUGCUCUGGAAAGCACAAAAGAGAACCAGCAACCCGAGAGCCAAUCAUCUUCCCACUCACUGUGCAGUAAGGGUCUGUCCAAUGGCCAAUCACCUACAGGCAUUCAAGAAAUGGUGGCCAUGUCUUCUGAGCUGGACACUUACGCCAUCACCAAAAAGGUUAAAGAAGUGCUAACGGACAACAAUUUAGGUCAAAGGUUAUUUGGAGAGAGCAUUUUAGGACUGACGCAAGGCUCUGUCUCGGACUUGCUCUCGCGACCCAAGCCCUGGCACAAGCUGAGCUUGAAGGGGAGGGAGCCGUUCGUUCGCAUGCAGCUCUGGCUGAAUGAUCCCUUCAAUGUGGAGAAGUUGCGGGACAUGAAGAAAAUGGAGAAGAAAGCGUAUCUGAAGCGUAGAUAUGGAUUAAUAAACACGGGAUCUGACAGUGAUUCUCCCAGCACCCGAUCAGAAUCGGCUAGCCCAAGCAUUCCACACCAAGUAUUCCAUCAUUACCAGGUGAAGAAGCCCAGGGUGGUGCUUGCUCCUGAGGAAAAGGAAGCCCUGAAGAAAGCCUAUCAGUUGGAGCCAUACCCCUCCCAACAGACCAUUGAGAGCCUUGCAGCUCAGCUCAACCGUAAGACAAGCACGGUCAUCAAUUGGUUCCACAAUUACAGAAUUAAUCAACUCAGCCACUCCUUGUGCCGCCAGGACCAGUGAUGCAAGUUAAAAUGAUGGCCAGAGCAAGAAUACUCAAGUUCCAGGAGACCCUCCAUGUUACGGGGGAGGACUACAGUCCCAGAUACUCGUCCGUAUUGCGAUUUUCCGCACUGCAAAACAACAUCAACCGCUCACGCACCGAGAAAUGAAAGCUGAAAAAUAAAAUAAAAAUUUACACACAGAUUCUGUGAGAGCGAUAUCUUUUUUUUAAAAAAACUCUGACAGUUUUGCUUGUGAUUCGUGAAUUCUGUAAGGGCGAAUUUCCGUUACCCAAACUUCUUUAGAGCAGUGGUUGCUUGUGUAGCCUGUGGGCUGAAUGCAGCCCUUGAUGAACCACAAUAAUGCGACUCAUGAAACACAGUAACACAGGACUUGCUUCCGUACUUUACACCUGCUGGUUUGUCCUGGCUAAGUGCUGCACAACUUGCUUCUGGGAAGGAACAAUGUUAGCAAGUCCAAAGGAGUUUGAGAUGGUUAACACUGCUGCUUUGGAAGGCAUAAUAGGAAAUAAAUAAUUUCUGUGAAUUGACAAACACAGUUACGUAUAGAGGGUGCUGCAGAUUUAAAUUUAUGGAUCAUCAUAGAAAAAAUUUGGUGAUUUCCUGGUCUGGACAUUACAGUUGUGUGUUAAACAGGGAAUUUGCCAGUUGUAUAAGCUCAGUUUUUUUGUGUAACAAAAUCCAGCAGUAAUGUUAACUUAUCAGGCAGUCAGGCAAAUUAUGGUUUAAAAUGCUUGAAAUUUUAUAAAUCAGGAUGUACAUCACCUAACUCGAUUACAGAUCAUUCAAUUAUAUUGGAAUUGAUUUAAUUUAUUUCCUAUUGUUUUUAAUAAAGCCUCAUAGAUGCAUUUUACCUCUCAAGUCUUGAGCCAGUUCAGCAGCCGAAAUGAGUUAAUCCUUUGAACCUGUUCCAAAUUGAAUCCAUCUGGUUUUGGGGGUGUGUUUCAAUGGAUUGCAGGGCUGUCGCUGCUGUAUUGAGUGUGUUCAUAUUUUUAAACUUGCUUUCCCUGUCUCAAGCUGCUGAUUCUUUUCCUGUUUGUCUCUACCACUUUAUUUACAGUCUUGCCCUUGGCAAUCGUAUCACGUCAAGUCCUCCCUAAACUUGCUUCUGGAAGGCAGCUGGUAAAGGUGAGAGACUUUUCGGGUGGACACCAUCCAUUCCAUUGCCAAAAUUGGUGGCCAAACAUUUUGAUUAUGAUUUCCAUUCUGGUUCUGAAAUGUUGGCUUUCUUGUACCACAGUGAGGCCAUCCACUGGGUGGAGGAGAAACACCUUAUAUUCCGUCUGGGUAGCCUCCAAUCUGAUGGCAUGAAUAUCGAUUUCUUCUUCUGGUAAUUGUUUUCCUUCCCCCUCCCCUCUUCUUCUAUUGCCCACUCUGGCCUCUUGCCUCCUCUCAACUGCCUAUCACACCCCACUGGGACUCCACCUUUCUUUUCUCCUAUGGUCCACUCUCCUUUCCUAUCAGAACCCUUCCUCUCCAGCCCUGUACCUUUCCUACUCACCUGGCUUCACUUAUCACCUUCUAGCUCUCCUCCUUUCCCUCCCACUUUUUAUUCUGGUGUCCCGUCUCCCCACCCCCCCACUUUCCUUUCCAGUCCUGAAGAAGGGUCUCGGCCCAAAAUGUUGGCUGUUUAUUAAUUUCCAUAGAUGCUGCCUGAUCUGCUGAGUUCCUCCAACAUUUUGUGUGUGUUGCUUUGGAUUUCCAGCCACUGCAGAAUUUCUCGCAUUUAAGAUGCACUUUGUCAAUCCUGGCUGUGUUUAACCAUUGUUGGGUUAAAAGGCAUGGUUUGAAUUUGCAGAAUCAAUCCAUUUUGCUCUCCAAUUUAUUUUUACUGCUGCUGCUUACUGGCACUUUCUUUGAUUUAUAACGCUGGGUGAAGAGUUAAGUCCUAUGCCGUAAGAUCUUGUCUUUUGUUGUCAUGGUUGCUUGCGUUUUGAGUCUUUCUGUCUUAGAAGAUUUUCCAGAUAAUUAUUCGCUCUUGCUUGAAUCCUCCCAAUCCCCUUUACGUUUAUGUCGCCGAUUCAGCCAUUCUACCGUUUACAUCAUUAUUGAACCAGGUCAAUGACCUGUGCUGAAUCUUAAGAAAUCUGGGACCUCUAACUGCCUGUCAUAAGGCUCCGCUUAUCCCUUCAUUUUGAUGGACUUCUUGAUUCAGCAGACGCUGUCACAUGGGAGGCUUGCUUUAGACUCCAUGAAUGUGGGAUUAUACACUUCUUUAUAUAUGGCCACCAUACUGACUGCGUUACUGGACUAAUGAUCUUGAUGCCGGUUAUAAAACCCCAAGAUAGAUAUUCAAACCCCAACCAAGUAGCUGGGGAAUUUAGCCUGUUAGCUAAAAAUUAUUAUUUUAAAGUAAAUGCUACAGAACUAUAACAUGGCCAUAAAAUCCACUUCUUUCACCUGGUGUCCAAUGGCGAAAGGACUCUUGUCCUCUUUUGUGACCACGUACCAUCAGAGUUGACCGUUAGCUGCAUCCUAAAAGCUACCAGGUUCAAGGUGGAAUUGGGGAUGGACAGUGAUACCAUGUUAAUCUGUAAAAUGCUUUACUGAACAAUUGUGUCUGAAAUUGCGAUAACCAGGAGUUUCCUUGAUGGUAUCCAUGCGAAGGUCCCGAGCCACACUGAAAAUGAUUGAUGGUUGAUCUGAAGUGGGGAGAUUUUUUGACGCCUGUUUAAAUGUCAAGGUCCUAAAUAGCUGGGAGCUGCACAGUUCAUGUCAAGUGCAUUAUUCCAAACUAGAGAUAAUGGGAGUUGCAAACAUCAAAACACCUAUUCGAGAGACAAUCUAUUAAGUAUCUGUUCACUGUCAUUAUUUAUAGCACUCAUUUAACAUAAAAACUUACAGCAUUAGAAAUUUGCUGCAAUAUUCACUGUUGAAAAAAUGCUUGUAGUUAUUCUAUUACUUUUUUAAAAAUCUUUUUCAAGCAGGCGUUUUGCCCUCCACAAAUACACGUAAACUUGAUAACAAAUUAUACACUGGGGUUUACAAGUGUUGUGAAAAUCAAAAGUUUGAAUGAUCAAAUGUAGGAACCAAUGAAUUUAGUCGCCGGGAUUCUUUGAAAGAAAUGCAGAAGGAAGAUAUUUCCUAGCUGAGGGCAGUAGACAAUUUUAAAACAAAUAUUUCACAGAAGGAUGUAGCAGGAGAGAAAUAUUCUCAGGCAAGCAGGGUCCAAUUUGCUGAAUCUUUCCAUGGGGGUCCAUAUAGAUUUUGUAAAAUAGGACUUGAACCUUUCCCUUGUAAAGUAGAAAAUUCAAUAA